AGGCAUUUUAGCUCAGACCCGACUCGUUGGUUUUCUACAGCUUCGCAGUACGGAGGUCCCCCAUCGCCCCGAUCGCCGCGUCGGACGCGUCCGGAGCGGCGACGGAGGGCGCGCAUGGAGGCAAUAGAUCCGUUGGUGGAAUGUGAGUCGCAAACGGUUGUCCAGCCCCGCCCAGGCGGGCCGCUCGGGCGCCGGCUGGGCUUCGGACUGGGCCUCCUGGCGGCCCUCGCGGCCGGCGCAGCGCUGUGUGGCGCUUCUCGUGGUGUCGGACUGGGCGAGGCCAAGACGAUGGAGAGCAUCCGGGAGUUCGACCUCACAGGCAUGAAAACUCUGAAAUGUUGGAAGAAUAAGACCUUCUACGUGGAAGCCAAUGGCGACUUCCAAAUGCCCAAGACGUCUAAGACCUCCACGGUGGGCCCUGCGGCGUGCCAGCUGAUGUGUGCCAGCACCUUCGGAUGUGAACAUUUCUCCUAUUGGAAGGACGGAGGUUGCCUUUUGACCUCAUUCUCAGCUCAUCCCAAAGCCUACAUUGGGCCUGACGACAAUGGCGUGAUCAGUGGACCACGGGAAUGCAAAGAGAUCGAUAACGGGCCGACCAUGGUCUUCGAAGGCUCAGCGCUAGGCCUUCCAAAGUUUCAUGCCCAUAAAGCUGGUGGAUGUGGCAGCCUUCAUGAUCACUACAAGCUGGCUUGGUCGGCUGAAGGUGAAACGUUCUUCGACGAGUGGCAGUUCAUCAACAAGAGUGAGACGCGAGGUGCGGAGUGGUAUCUCAAUAAGACAGAGGCUUUUUACCAAGGUGUGGUCCAUGCCUCGAAGGCCGGUGCUCUGCUCCGUGUGGGCGAGCAAGUGCAACCCUUCAAGCGCCGGAGUGUGAUGCUCCACUCCGCCCAGGCCUGGCGCCCAGACAUUGGCUUUAUUGUGGCCAUGAAGUACAAACACGUGCCCUAUGGCCCCGGCAUUUGGCCCGCCUUUUGGUUGGUGAACAGCGACGUGGGCUGGCCCAAAGGUGGAGAAUUGGACAUCCUGGAAUAUGCCAACGACGAAGCCAAUAAGGUGACCUUCCACACCGAUCGUCAUUGCAAGUUGAACGUGGAAAAGCUGAAGAAGUGCGCAAGAAACAUCCAAGGCAUCGAUCCCAACAUGCUGGUGAACUGCUACACCAACUAUUCCAUGAAUCUCAUUGGCUGCAUGCCACCUCAGGUGCGAAAAGAUGGUGAGUGGUUUGCCAAGAAUCCGGGUGUCAUUGCCUUGCUGUGGGAUGCGAGCGGCAUCACCAGCUUUCACAUUCCUGAAAGCGAGAUCCCAGCAGAUUUGGCCAACAACCAGCCACAGCCCAAUACCUGGAAGGACUCCUGGAGAAUGGCUUUUAUGCCAUUUGAAGCAGAGACUUGCAUGGACAUUGCUAGGCCUCAGGAGAUUGUGCUGAACAUUGCAAUCUGUGGCGAUUGGGCUGGGAAUACGUGGUGGGAGUGCGAGGAGUGUAAGGCUACGGGAUACGUGCCAGACUAUUGCACUCCUGGACAUGUCACCGAGCCGGCCACUGAUUGUUGUACUCUCUACAUCUCGAAUCCAUCUGCAGAAGAGGGCUUGAAAAGCAAAGCAUUCUUCGACCUCGACUACAUCAAGGUCUUUGAACCCGAAGGCUAUGAUUUGCCCCGCUACCCGGCGGGCACCUAUCGGAAUGGCGGUGUUUUCGUGGGCGACGUCUGAGUUCGCACGCGGGAGCGCGAUUCCGUCGGGGAUCAUCUUUUGGCAGGCAGAGAUUUCAUGCCAAGUUUGAGGAAACGGGGUUAAGGAGUGUGUUUGACGGACUGCAGAGUAGUAUUGCCAUCACCG